AGACGGAGGAUCAUGGCGGAUCAUGGCCCCAGGUGUAAACGCAGAAAACAGGCGAACCCGCGGAGGAGCAGUGUGACAAACUUCAACAAUGGCUUGGAGGCCAGCUCAGACUCCGAUGAUGAGGACAAGCUACACAUUGUGGAGGAAGACAGUCUGCAGGAGCCUGAGGCCGCCGACACAGACGGGACCGCGCAGCAGGACGGCUACGAUGCCGCUGUAGCAGUAUUACCCCACAAUGGCUCCUGGAACGGAGUGAAGGAGGAGUGUCCAUCUGAAGAGGAGGCGGAGGAGGCGGCGGUCAAAGACACGCUGGUGGAGGAGAUUCUGCAGCAGGGAGACACGCCCAUCAUUUACCCCGAAGCCCCGGACGAUGAGCAGAGUCCGGCACAGACAGGAGGCGCCGAGGAGAACGGAACGCCAGAUUCCUUCUCCCAGCUGCACAUCUGCCCGUACUGCUCCCGAGGUUACAAACGCAACGCCUCCCUGAAGGAGCACGUCAAGUACCGCCACGAGACCAGUGACGACAACUUCAGCUGCUCACACUGCAGCUACACCUUCACCUACCGCUCGCAGCUGGAGAAGCACAUGAGCCACCACAAGAGCAGCAGGGAGCAGAAUAACAUUUCGCCGUCGUCAGGAGGAGUGGGCGGAGCCAUUGGAACCCGCAAGUUCAAGUGUACCGAGUGCGACAAGGCCUUCAAAUACAAACACCACCUGAAGGAGCAUCUGCGCAUCCACAGCGGUGAGAAACCGUACGAAUGCUCAAACUGCAAGAGGAGGUUCUCCCACUCAGGCUCCUACAGCUCCCACAUAAGCAGCAAAAAGUGUUUGGCAGCAGUGCUUCCCAACGGUGUCCCCUGGAAGUCCAUCGUUCCCUCCUCGCCCACCACCCAGAAAACCCCCCUCACUGUCAGCCCGACGCACGCCAUCGAGAAGGACAAAACGGUCAGCAAGCCCCUUCAGGAGCAGCUUCCCAUCACACAGAUCAAAAUGGAACCUGUGGAAUACGAGUGCAAGCCUGUGAUGGCGGCCCCAGCAGCGCCAGCUGGCAGCAACGGAGUGGUGAACGGAGGCGUGACGCAAUCUGCUGUGGCUCCUUCUCUUCCUCAGGGUGUCACCAUGGUAUUACCAACGGUUGGUGUGAUGUCACCAAUCAGCAUUAAUCUGAGCGACUUGCAAAAUGUGCUGAAAGUAGCAAUGGACGGGAACGUGCUCAGGCAGGUGCUGGGCACAGCUAACGGAGUGGUGGCACAGGGGAAGCAAGGAAUUGUCGUCCAGCAACCCCAGCAGCAGAUCAUCAGCUUGCCGGCUUUUGUGGACCACGAUGGUACCACAAAGAUCAUAAUUAACUACAGCAUCAGUCCCUCUUCUGCCACCACUCCCACAACCCAGGCUGCAGCAGUUCUCGUGAAAAACAGCUCGCCUGCUCCUUCCCUUCCCGUUGCCACCAAACCCACAGAAACCACCGCUAGCAAAACUGACAACACACCAACUCCAGAGGUGGCCGACCUCAGUCUUGUCAAGCCAGAGCCAGAAUCGGUGCCCGUCACAAUCACAGAGACAGAUGUGGCAACCGAGCCAAAAAUGGAAAUUGGCCAGGCUACACCCGCUGAAACGGCUGAGAUGCCCAAAGCCAACAGCGCCAGUACGUGUUUACUAUGUGACGAGUGUCCCGACAGCCUGGAAGCACUGCACCUCCUCCAACACCGUAAAGCAGCCAAUGGGGAGGCUGUGGACUCUGCCGCCUUGGACCCCUCGUUCGCCGCUCUGCUAAAAGAGGCGGGAGUGACGCUGGAGGAACCACCUGUGGACGACCUCCUCUCACUCCUCCAGACCUACUUUGCCUCAAAUGCCAACCCCGGUGAGGAGGAGCUGAAGAAGAUCUCGGAGUCUGUUAGUAUACCAGCGGAUGUGGUCCGGAAAUGGUUUGAAAAGAUGAACUCUGGGAAAAGAGUGAACAGAUGCUACAAUGACUGCACAGAUGUUUCCAAGCAGGUCAAACCCAUAAAUGUCAGCCCAGAUGUCACACUGAACCAGAAUGAAGAAGCAGAGGAAGACAGUCACCCAAAGCCGCAGGUCCACGAAACAUCUGCCAAACCUUCACCAGAAGCUUUCAGUGCUUCCGAUUCUUCAGACCUCAUGGGAAGCAUCAACGAUGGGGACCUCGUCAUUGUUAAAAGUGAGCCAGAAGACCCAGAACCACAAGACUCCCAGGCAGAACCACUGGACCUAUCCCUUCCUAAGCAGAACCCUGUGGCAUUGGACACAACAAGAACCCCGCCCCCUGCCAAGCCGCAGCAGCCUGUGAGCCUGAACUGCCUGACGAAGGAGCAGCUAGCGGGUAGAACCAUCUACGUCACCACGCCCAACACCGGGAACCCCGUCAACAUUGUCACUGCUGCUCAGCUGCCCACGUUAGUGGCCAUCGCGGGUCAGGGCACAGUGGGCUGCCUUGGCGCCGUCAACAGCACCACAAAGCGCACCAUCCUCAUCCCCCAGCUCACCUACACCUAUGCCACUACAGCGAGCAGCGCCACUGAUGCCAAGACCGUCGUACUCAACGGCCACACGCAGGAGACGGGAGCAGAAAGCAGCUCUGAUAUCACACCUACAGUGGAAGAGCAGCACAACGACUUGGACUCAGCCAUGCUGGCCAAGAAGCGACGGCUGGAGACGGGAAUCUACCCCUGUGAUCUUUGCUCCAAGGUCUUCCAGAAGGGCAGCUCCCUGCUCCGACAUAAAUACGAACACACAG